UUUGCUUUUAACUUUUUAGCCCCAUCUCACUCUUAUAUGUCUUAGCUUCUUUCCCUUUUCUUCUAGCCUUAUCAACAGGAAGAGAAAGACUGAAAGAGUGUGUUGCAGAGGGAAAUUGAUUGAGACCAGUAUUAGUAUAUUGCUUGUACUCAUCCACACACAUAUAUAUAAUAGAGAGAGAUAGAGAGAGAGAGAAAUAGAUACACAGAUCCAUCUAUCUUGCUUCAUGCGACAGACAUGGGCAGAUGAUGAUGAGACUCCACGUGCACCCUCCCCAGAUUUCCAUCGCUCCAGCAACAGUUUUAUAUAGGGGAAAAAGAUACAUUUUAGUCAAUUACUGAAAGGGAAAGAGACAGACAGAGAUGGCUACGUACUUUCAUGGGAAUUCUGAAAUCCAGGCAGGAGGUGACGGCUUGCAGACGCUUAUACUCAUGAACCCGGCCGGGUACGUCGGAUUUUCCGACGCACCGCAGCAGGGGCAGGCGCCGCCGGGGAGCAACUUCAUCUUCCUCAACUCCAACGGGCCAGGGAGCUCGAUAAGCUUCGCGCACGCGCCGCCGUCGCAGUCGCAGCAGCAGUAUGUCGGCAUACCCCUCGCCACCACCGCCUCCGCGCCUCCGUCGACUCAGGAGGUCCACGCGUCCGCCGCCGCGGCGCACUCUCAGCAUGACAUCACUGCGCUCCAUGGGUUCCUGGGUAGGCCGCAGUAUAACCUGUAUGCGCCGCCGAUGGAGCUCGCGGCGGCGCGUGACGUGACACGCGCCCAGCAGGGGCUGUCCCUCAGCCUGUCCUCGCAGCAACCGGGGUUUGGGAAUUUCCGGCUGGAGCGUGAGGUGGGGUCACAGCAGCUGGUUACGGCCAUAUCACCGACCGCCGGCGAUGAGGUGAGGGUUUCCGGGGGAUCGCCGUCGUCGGCGUCCGGCGUUUCCAACGGCGUGAAUGGCGUCCAAAGUGUACUGUUGAGCUCCAAGUACUUGAAGGCGGCGCAAGAACUUCUUGAAGAGGUUGUUAAUGUUGGCAAGGGAGUAAAGGCUCCUACUGAAUCAUCAAAAGAGGCUAAUUGUCCGGCCAAGAACCCCGGAGACUCCUCCGGCGCCGGCGACGGACAAACCGGAGGUGAGAGCAGUGGCAAACGCGCCACCGAGCUCACCACCGCAGAAAGACAGGAAAUUCAAAUGAAGAAAGCAAAACUUGUUAACAUGCUUGAUGAGGUGGAGCAGAGGUACAGACAGUACCAUCACCAGAUGCAGAUAGUGAUAUCAUGGUUUGAGCAGGCUGCAGGGAUUGGUUCAGCCAAGACCUACACAGCUCUGGCAUUGCAGACGAUCUCGAAGCAGUUCAGGUGCCUGAAAGAUGCAAUCUUGGGGCAAAUUCGCGCUGCCAGCAAGAGUUUGGGGGAGGAAGAUGGGUUGGGAGGGAAGAUCGAGGGCUCGUCGAGGCUGAAAUUUGUGGAUAAUCAGCUCAGACAGCAGAGGGCUUUGCAGCAGUUGGGAAUGAUCCAGCACAAUGCUUGGAGACCCCAGAGAGGAUUGCCAGAGCGAUCUGUUUCUGUGCUUCGUGCCUGGCUGUUCGAGCAUUUCCUUCACCCUUACCCCAAGGAUUCAGACAAGAUCAUGCUGGCAAAGCAGACAGGCCUUACUAGGAACCAGGUGUCUAACUGGUUCAUCAAUGCUCGAGUUCGCCUAUGGAAGCCGAUGGUGGAGGAGAUGUAUCUGGAGGAGAUCAAGGAGCAAGAACAGAAUGGAUCAGAGAACAAAACAGGCAAAGGUGAACCAAAUGAAGAUUCGGUUUCUCACCACCAGGACAAAAGUCCUGGGGGCUCAGAUCAUCAAGAAAAUAUGAGUUUUGCCCAAAACCAGUCCACUUCUCCUACUGGGAUAACCAUUAGGAACCAACCUGGAGGGUUCAAUCUCAUUGGACCAUCAGAAAUGGAGAGCAUCACUCAGGGCAGCCCAAAGAAGCCGAGGAGUGCAGAUAUGCUGCAUUCCCCGAGCAGCGUUCCCUCCAUAAGUAUCGAUGCAAAGCCUGCAGAUGAACAAGGCUCCAUGAAGUUCAUGAAUGAUAGGCAGAAUAGAGAAGGGUUCACAUUACUGGGAGGCUCAACCAACUUCAUGGGAGGGUUUGGAUCGUACCCAAUCGGGGGGUUUAGCACCGAGCAGUUCCCUGGAAUCCCUGCUGCACCGUAUUCUGGCAAUGCAGUCUCCCUCACACUCGGCCUUCCCCCCUCCGAAAACCUCCCAAUGUCAGCCACACACCACGCCUUCCUCCCCACCCAAGACAUCCAUAUGGGGAGAGGAGUCGAAAUGGGAGAAGCCAACGAGUUUGGUGGCAUGACCACUCCCACAUCCGCCCAUCCAACCAGCGUUUACGAGAGCUUCAACCUCCAGAACCGGAAGAGGUUUGCUGCAACAUUGUUGCCAGACUUUGUAGCCUGAGAACACUCUCAUCAUUAUCUUCUGUUCCCUAGGAAAGGAGGGGGGAUUCUUCAUGUUAGUGUAAAGAGUCAAAAGGCUUUACAUUUAGCACAGGUCUCUAUACUUUGCAGAAGAUCAAAGAAGAAGAAGAAGAAGAAGAACCACUAGAGUUCUUAUAGAUAGUUAAUUUAGGUUUUUAGACAAUAUAUGGUUGAGGAUUGUAUAUUAAUUUUUGUUUUUCUCUUUUGGUUGCAGUCUUGCAGAUAGUAUAGUUGGAUUGUUAUAUUGGAUGUGGAAAAAAACUAGUUAUAUUGGGGUGGUAUAGAAAAUAAUGUUCUUUUUUCUAAUAAAGCCUCUUUAGUCGAA